AAACCCACAGCAUCACUACUGAUAUUUUUAAUAGUCUCGCCUGGCUAAGUCUACGGCGGCAAGUCUUUAUCCCCGGACAAAAGCAUACCAAUAUUAGGAGAUAAACAACUCAAUUCAGCUUAACACGACCAUUGGAGAUUUAUGAUAUGUUAGUCAAUAAGUUAAGUACCUACUUCGGUUUCAUAUUGAUGUUUGAUGCUGUUUGAUGCUUAAAUUUUAGCUAUUUAAAGUAGUAAUUGCACCCCUGUUUCCUUUCCAUGUUUUUCUCAUGUCUUCUUGUGAAUUUGAUAAAUGCUUACUGCCAAUAAUGGUUUACUCUAACUUAAUGUUGUUAUCAGCAUUGAAAAAUCUGAUGAAUCAUGUUGAAAUACCUUAAGAUUUUAGAUGGAUUGGUUCCCAACAUGCUAGUUCUGGUUUGGCGGAAGUCUCAAGUUCGACUUUCCGUCACCCCCAAAAUCUCAAAUUCGACUUUCUGUCACCCCAAUAUUUUCACAAUUUAAUAUGGACACGAAGGUUAAUUGCCCCAAAGAUGGGGUCCGUGAUCCACUCUUCAACCCAAAAAUGAGAUUUCGAGUGAAGAGGAGUGUUGAAAUAUAGAAUAAGAUCCAUUUGAGGCAUUCUUUUACCUUAAGGUUUUAGAUGGAUUGGUUAUCAACAAAACACUUCUGUUCAUUUAGAGGCAGAGGCUAGUAUAUGUUAUGUUGUUAAUCUCUCUGCAGGCUCUUCAUCAAAACGAGAUCAUAGAGAUCAGAGAGCUGCUUAAUAUCUUUUAGUCAUGCUGAAACUGAAACCAGGAGACUUGUCAUCUGAGAAAUAUAAGUAUGAUGUUUUCUUGAGUUUCAGAGGCAAAGAUACGCGCACAACUUUCACGGAUCACCUCUAUACUGCUCUUCUAAAUGAAGGACUACUCGCGUUUAGAGAUGACAAGGGAAUGGAGAGAGGGGAGAUCAUUACAUCUGAAUUACAAAAUGCUAUCCAGCACUCGAAAAGCUGGAUCAUUGUUUUCUCAAAGAACUAUGCUGGCUCCCGCUGGUGUCUUGACGAACUUGAGAUGAUUUUGGAGUGCAAGAACAACUCAAAGCGUCUCCUGUUACCUAUCUUCUAUCAUGUUGAUCUGUCAGAUAUUCGCAAUCAAUCUGGCUGUAUUUCUGAAGCAUUGCAUAUGCACGAAGAGAAAUUUAAGAGGCAAGUGGAUGAUACAAGAAGAAAGGAGUUGAUGGAUAAAAUAAAGCGCUGGAGGACUGCUCUUACUCAGCUUGCUAACCUGUCAGGCCUGACGUUUCCGAAUGGAACAAAUGGGUACGAAUCAAAAUUUAUACAGGAUAUAGUUAAGCGCGUCAAGGGUAAAGUGGCUUUUAACAUCUUAAGUAUCACACCUCAUCUUGUUGGAAUUGAUAGUUCAGCAAAGGCCAUAAAUUCAUGGAUAAGAAAUGGUUCCACUGGUGUGGAAGUGUUUGCACUGUACGGCAUUGGUGGAGUGGGAAAGACAACCAUUGCCAAAUACGCUUAUAACAUGAACUUCCAACUAUUUGAAGGUGGCAGUUUUCUAGAAAAUAUAAGGGAGUAUUCUGAACCAUCUGAUGGUUUAGUGUAUUUACAGAGACAGCUUCUUUCAGACAUUUCCAAGGGAAAGACACCGACCAUCAACAAUCUUAAUGAUGGCCUUUGUAAAAUUCAAAAUGCCAUUCGCGGUAGGAAACUGUUGAUAGUCUUGGAUGAUGUGAAUCAAGUUGAACAAUUAGAUGCAAUCUUUGGGCUGAGAGAGUGUUUUUACCCUGGAAGCAAAAUCGUCCUUACAACUCGGGAUGUAGAUUUGCUGAAACUGCGUGAACCUUGUACGAGACAUGCUGUGGAAACACUCAACUUUAGGGAUUCGUUAGAGCUCUUCAGCUUCCAUGCAUUCAAAGACAGGUGCCCCCCAGACUAUUACAUAGAGCACUCGGAGAGGAUAUUAGAGCAAUGUGAAGGUCUUCCUUUAGCCCUUGAAGUUUUAGGUGCUCAUCUACGUGACAAAGAUUUGGAUGUUUGGAGAAGUGCAGUAGAGAAAUUGGAUGUGAUUUCUCACUACAAGAUUCACAAAAUAUUGCAAAUAAGCUAUGAAUCUUUGGAAGACGACCGUGACAGAGAUUUAUUUCUGGAGAUUGCUUGUUUCUUUAAUGGAGAGGCCAUGUCUCAGGUGGUCAUGAUAUUGGAUGAGUGUAAAUAUCACACAAGAAUUGGAAUUGAAAAACUUGUCGACAGAUGUCUGUUGAAAAUUGAACUUGGAAAACUCAAAAUGCAUCAUUCAAUCCAGAGCAUGGGAAGAGAAAUCAUACGUCAGCAAUCACCUGGAGAUCCAGGCCAACGAAGUAGACUGUGGCAUUAUAAGGAAUCCCUCGAAGUACUAAAAGAUGAAACAGGUACUAGAGCAAUUGAAGGCUUAGCACUGGAAUUGAAUAGGACUAAUGUAUGUCAGGUGGAGUUGAGAACAUCAGCUUUCUCCAGGAUGCACAAGCUAACACUACUUAAGCUCGAUAAUGUGUGGCUAAAUGGAGGUUACAAGGAAUUCCCCAAAAAGCUGAAAUGGUUAUAUUGGCACAGAUGCCCUUUAAAAGCUUUACCCAAAGGAUUCCCUUUCGCCAGCCUUGUUGCCAUUGACAUUCAAAGUAGUAAAUUGCAAAAACUGGGGCAGGGAAGCAUGCUUUUUAAAUCACUCAAGUUUCUAAAUCUGAGCCAUUCCCAUGACCUUGUGAAAAGUCCAAACUUUGCAGAACUUAAUGUUCUGGAGCAAUUGAUCCUCGAAGAUUGUGUGAGUUUAGUCGAGAUUGAUGAAUCUAUUGGAAUGGCUGAAGGUCUUGUGUUGUUAAAUUUAAAGGACUGCAAACUACUGAAGACUCUUCCAAAUAGUAUUUGCAUGCUGAGGUUUCUGGAAACUUUAAUUAUCUCAGGAUGUUCGAAUCUUGAAAAGCUUCCCUCAGAAAUGAAAAACUUGGAAUCCUUGGAAGUUUUUUAUGCAGAUGGACUGGAUUUUGGUAAUUCAAGCUCCAGAACUCAAGAAAAUAAAUCAUGGCGAGAUUUCUUCUGGGGCUUGGUUUCAAAAUCAGAAAUAGGUCCUCAACUCUCCUUGACUUCUUUACCUUACAAAUCUAUUACUAGGUUGAGUUUGGUAAAUUGCAAUCUCCGCGACAAUGAUUUUCCCAGGGAUUCGUGUUUUGGACAAUCAGUUGAGCACUUGGACUUGAGUAAGAACCCAAUCUGCUUCCUCCCAGAUUGCUUCAAAGGUCUGAAAAGGCUCAAGAUUCUCCGCACAAUAGACUGCAACCAGCUUCUAGCACUUGAAGAUAUACCAAACAUGUUAAAGUUCCUUCAUGCUUUUUAUUGCCCGUUAUUGGAGAAAAUUACAUUUGAUGAGCCAAGCACGAGUUCAAAAUCUUUUACAUAUCCACUGGGAUGCGAUAGCUUACUUGAGAUGCAAAGCUUAUUUAAGUUUGUACCAGUCGGAAAAUUAGACUCAGAGUUUCUUCAAUGUUGUGGUAUUUAUGAUACUCAAGUGAAGAAAAAAAUCCAGAUGAAGAUGUACAAUCGUUACACAUCUAGGGUCAUGAGAUGCUCAGUCCAGGGAAUAUUUGAGGAUUCGUAUAAUGGAAGGGAAUAUUUGCCUCAUGGCAAGGCGUUCAGCAUUUUUUACCCUGGGAAGGGUGUUCCAAUAUGGUUUGAUAGGCAACGCAAGGCAUCUUCAAUAUCCUUUAUUGUAUCUCAUUCUAAACUUAGAUACUUAAACACCUGCAUUGUGUACAAGUUCAACUCGGGUCCAGAACAUCAAGUCUUUCUGGUAAUCAAUAAUAAGACCAAGGAUAGAGUUAUCAUAUAUAGUCCAGCUUGUUAUGGCAUUUCCGAGGGAGAUGAGUAUAUGACAUGGUUAAGCCAUUGGAAAUUAGGCAGUCACGAGGUGGGAGCUGGAGAUGAGAUUAGUAUUUCAAUUUUGCCCUGGAGAUUGGAUAGUAUUAAUACCAGUUUUGAGGUGAAACAGAUUGGUGUCGAUCUUGUGUAUGAGAGGGAAGAAGAGGCGCGUGUUCAUUCAGCCAAGCGACAAAAAAUGCAACAAACAUGUGACAGAACUUCUCAGUAUAUGAUCCCGGUGGAAGCAAAGCCAUAUGCACAUUAUGGAACAACACGAUUGUACUACCUCGGUAGCUGUGGUCCAUGGGGUGUAGGAGUUGAUUUUCUAAUGAAGGAAUCGUUACAGUGAACUUCACUGAUUCUACAAAUAUACGUCGUAGAAAUGUCAGUAGUGCACAUUAGAUGUUGAAAGCAGAAUUUGUGGUAUACAUGAGUAAUGUUUUUUUCAGACUGA